AUGUCGCUCAAGAAUCUGAAGCUGAUCACUAUCAAGCGCAAUCCGUCGCUCUCCGACGGAUAUCAGCUCUUUCCCAUUGCAGAUAAGUGGGCAGAGCUAUUGCCAGAACGAGUACCACUUCAAUUCUCGCUUUUCCGCUACUUGGGUUUCUAUGUGGCGUAUACUAAGAAUGGCAAAUCAAUGGUCGUCAAGUCUCGCGCGGUUGCGGCAUUGCGUGUGACCAUCCAAAAUGAAGAUAAGGUGGUGUUCAAUGAGAGAGUAGGCACGGCCUUUCCCAACGGUGUCUAUUACGUGCAGGACAUUCGUCUUGAAAAUGCUGGAGUACAUACAGUUUGUGUGACCGUGGAAGGGGACCUGGCAGAUGAUCUAGCGCCACUUGUGCUCAAGACACAGGUGUUUGAGUUUAUGGAGCUACACGAGUGUCCGGACUUGAAAAAAGGUGCUUACCAACCACUACGGGAAUUUGUACUCGAUUGCAUUAAGAAUGGGCAACGCGAAAGACUGCGCGACGACUCUUUUCUUGAGACCUACGUGCGCACGAAGAAACACUCGCUGCGCAAUAUGGACGCAAGGUGGUGGCUGAAAGCAUUUGUGGAACACACGCUGGAUCGAAAAGAACGUGAGCGACUCGUUCAGAUUAAUGCUGCGACGCAUUCUUUUCGAACGACACGCAAGCGCAAGCAGGCCCAUCCAAGUCGUACGGCAGAUAAGAAAGAACACGACAAUUUGUUUGCUCGUCGAAAACGUGACUGGAAGCGCGUACGGGCUGGUGACGUGCGCAUGUUUACGACAGAGCCACUGUAUGCGGGGGCAACUACUACGGUGUACAGCAGUAAAGAAAUGUUUCGCCAGUUAAGUCUCUACGCUCAAGUCUAG